ACCAAAUAACACAAACACCUCUAUGACAGCUUCAACAGAAGUGAAAACCUUCAUAAAGAUACAGUGCAUCAGACAACAUGACAAACACCAGACCUUUAUACUCAUGGUGUCCCUCUAUGUGGUCUAGUACAGGUGUUGCUGUCAUUUUGUACGUCCCGCAGCGUUCUUACAUGCAGUAGAGACGUCUUGAGGUGAAAAGGACCAACUAUAUAAUUACUCACUGUUGAAUGAAGUUAUUGACAAAUGUUCUCUGUUUCAAAGCAUCAUGAGCAACGAGCCCCUUUAAUGAUGAGUGGAAUAAAAAAAUCAAGUUUAAUCUGACGCACAAUGGAAAAAAAUGUAUGAUCAAGAUUUAAUUAAGCAGUGCUUUCAAAGCAAUGAUUGCCUCAUGGCAUUAGAGAAACUUGGCAACUCAGUAAACAAUUAGCACCAAGGGAGAGCGUGAAUAGCUGACUUGUUAGAGAAAACGCUGUGGGACCGACUGAGCUCUAUUUCCCAAAGGUCAUACAGAGUAAUUAGUUAAAUCUGCGUAAUCUGCAGCUUUCUUUUUCUUUAGCAAAGCUAAGAAUUAUAAAGAGUUAUCACCAUAUAGACAAAUGAGCAGAUUGACCGUCACAACACGUUUUUCCUCAGCAGAGUUGCACUUUAAUUUAAUUGGAACAGGCUGUUAUGAGCACGGAAAAACAGCGACCCGUCCGCGGCAAUGCGAUCAUUGGGGUCAAGAGACAGCGUUGCACUUACAGAUGUUUAGUGAUGCGUAAAGAAACUGAGGGAAAAUGCCUGCGUCUGCACGUACAGCACAUGUGUUGGUCUUUGCGUGCACAUAUAAAACGGCAUGAGGACCAUCGGCAGCAGCAGUGGUUCAUGUGAAGCCUCGAUGUGCCACUCUGAAUCUCACACGCAUGUUUGCCACAAAGACAGAGCAAGUUAUGUCGCAAUGCAAAGGAUGGUGACAUGUCAGAGGUCCUCACUGUAGACGCCAUCCUGUUUGGGCUCUUUGUCUUUUCUGGCAUUCUCGGGAACGUCCUAGUCAUCCAUGUGGUGAGACAAUUCAUCGGGACUUUUGUCUGUCAGUUGAGUUGAACGUCUUUUGUAGGAAUGUUCUCAGUCUGUCUUGCUUCCCACCCUCAGGUGUUUCAGUCCUCCUAUGAGAGUCCGUCCCGGAGGCUCCCUCCAUCCGACACUAUUUUGGCGCACCUGUCGCUGGCCAACUUGCUGACCUCACUUUUCCGCACGGUGCCCAUCUUUGUGUCGGACCUGGGCCUGGACGUGUCCUUGUCUCCGGGCUGGUGCCGAAUCUUCAUGCUGCUGUGGGUUUGGUGGCGGGCCGUGGGCUGUUGGGUGACCCUGACACUCAGCGUCUUCCAAUGCGCCGUCCUGAGGCGACAGCACGUGGCCUCCGGGCCUCUCACGCAGGAGCGGGAGAGGCGGCGCGUUUGGAUCGCCCUGGGUCUGGUGUGGGGGGCCAACCUGGCCUUCUCAAUUCCCGCGCUCGUGUACAGCACCCACGUCCACGGCAAUGCCACCGUGAAGCUGAUGGUUAUCAGCUGCACCACCAGGCCGCUCCUGGGCUGUGCCUGGGAGUUCCCCUCCGACCAACAGGGCUCGGCCUUUGCCUCUGCCUCGCUGGCGCUUAACGAGGCGUUGCCGCUGGUGCUGAUGGUUUGCACCAACUUGGCCACGCUGCACGCCCUGGCAAAGCACAUCCGAGCUGUUGCCGCGGCGGCGCACUCGGGAGACAACCAGAAGGAGCUGGACAAACACAUGUCCACGGAGCGCAAAGCAGCUCAUGUGAUCUUGUCGCUGGCGUCGCUCUUUGUGGUCUGCUGGGUGCUACAAGUCGUCGCGGUGACGUACUACAACCACAACGGGGGAGACCAUGCUGAGGGGCUGCUGACCGUGGCCCACUUCUCCGCCUCGCUGUUUGUGGGGUUCAGCCCUAUGGUGGUGGCCCUGGGACACGGUAAGCUGAGGAGGAGAAUCAUAAGUAUGAUCCUGAUGUGGUCUAAAGUUCUUAAAUGCCGCAAAAAGAACACAGCGGGUUAAAUCCCCAAAGACUAAAGGAAAGAGGGGGAAACAAUCUGUUUUUAUUGUUCAAGAAGAGAGGAUCGUCAUACAAGUGAAAGGGAAAGCUCAAGCUGACAAGUGAUGGAAGCAGAAGCAGAAGUGUGAUUGCAUUGAUG